AUGUGCCAGCAACAGGCCGGGCAGCGGCUCCAACCCAAGGACACCGUCUUGAGCCUCAGGGGAAAUGGCAACAGACGCUACUUGUUCAUCAACUCUGGUGUGGAAGAGUUCGGGCCUCAUCUUCGACAACGGCUGAACCUGUUUCUGUUUCUCACCAGAAAUGCCAUUUUGAAAGUCGGGAGAAGCAGAAACAGGAGCUACUUGUCCAUCAGCCUUAAUGGUCACCUUUUCAAUGAUGCUGCGGGUUUCGGAUCCGUGCGAUCUCCACUCAGGGCGAAGAACGAAUCCGCCGACCCGUCGGUGAACCCCGGCGGCGGCGGCAGUUUUGUUUUAACGUCAGGCAUCUCGAAGCUUGAAGAUGAGUUUAACUUGGCACAGGUAUCCACGAGUGAUCGAAAGACUUCCCCAAUCAUCGUUCGCGCAGAAGGAGAAACUGCACAGCAACUCGACAGUAUUUUCUCCACUAGAGAAGAUUGCUUCCAGUCCCAAGGCGGUCGACCGGAUUCUAACACAUCCAAUAGUUGA